AUGAGCUUCGCUAUCGAGGUGCCAGGGGAGGCAGCCCCUCUAAACCUCCUCGAGCUUGCCCGAACCCUAGAGUAUGCCGCCCUUUCUACAGAUCACGCCCAGAGACAGUCAGCCGGCCAGCAGCUUCAGUCAUGGGAGUCCCGCCCAGACUACUAUGUUUCUCUACAGACCGUCUUCCUUGACAAGUCCAUAAACAACUCCGUCCGCUUUCUCGCAGUUAUCCUGCUCAAGAACGGCAUCGACAAGUACUGGCGACACACGGCGAAACAUGCGAUCCAACCCGCCGAGAAACAGUUUAUUCGCUCGAGGCUACUGCAGGGCUCAGUCGGCGAGGAAGACAGGAACCUUGCCCUACACAACGCCCUCGUCAUCGCAAAGAUUGUCCGCAUAGACUAUCCCAACGACUGGCCAGACGUCAUCCCGAGCAUCAUCAAUGUCACCAGGACCGUAAGAACAGAGAGUGCGCUUGCCCUCAGCGGAGCCCUGCAGGUGUUGCUGCGCGUAGUCAAAGAGCUCGCCACAGCCCGGUUGCGGAGGUCCCAGACCGCUCUUCAGGCUGUCACACCCGAGCUCGUCCAAUUGCUCGGUGAGAUCUAUACCGAGCGGACGGCCGCAUGGCAGGAGUUCUUUGCCAGGGGUGGCAGCGGCGACGAGGAUGAGGCCGACUACUACAUGCAGAACAGCCUGACGGCCCUCAAAAUCCUACGCAGGCUGGUCACGGUUGGCUACGAACAUCCUCAUACCGACCCAAUGGUCCAGGGCUUCUGGUCCUUGUCUCAAUCCCAGUUCGACCAAUUCCUCACUGGCGUCAGCUCCGAGUCACACAUCCCUGCCCCCUUCCAGGACUCGGUAGGCAAGCACUUGAUCCAGUUCACGAAAUUGCACAUCGACAUGUGCGACUCCCACCCAGCCAGCUUUCCCCUGCUACCGAAUUCUAUUCCGCUUGUGAAGGCCUACUGGAACCUGGUCAAGCAGUUCUCGAAUGAGUUUGAAAAGUCAGGCGGCAUCAGGCAAACGGGCUCGGAGAACCACGACGGCAGCGCUAAGCACGAAGGACCGCUCUCAGAGAAGCUAGCCCUCAAGGGUCUCUUGCUACUGAGAAGCUGUGUGUCGAUCGCUCACAGGCCGAUGCAGACGUUCAAGUACAAGAGCCCAGAGGUCAAAAAUCAGGAAAAGGAGGCCACGGAACUCGUCAAGGACCAGCUACUGACACAUAACUUCCUCUUGGACAUUGUCCAAGUGACCAUCAGCAGGCUGUUUAUUUUCCGGCAGUCUGAUCUUGAGGCGUGGGAAGAAGACCCAGAAGAGUGGGAGGCUGCGGAGCGCAACGAAGGACAGGCAUACGAAUGGGCUGUUCGGCCUUGUGCUGAGAGGCUGCUCAUUGACCUCCUUACACACUACAAGGAGCUUGGGCAACCACUUCUCACAUAUUGCGAGUUUGCGACCAAGGUCGAUAUGGACAUUGUCACCAAGGAGGCGGCUUACUGCGCUCUUGGAUGUGCGGCCGCCGUUAUUCACGAGGCCUUCGACUUUGAUCGUUUCUUGAAGACUACGCUGGUCAAGGACGUACAGAUCCAGGACUCCAUGUCCAAGCUGCUCCGCAGGCGGAUAGCCAUCCUUCUUAACCAAUGGAUCUCCAUCCGGAUUGCUGAGGAAAGUCGACCUGCUGUGUACGAGAUCUUUAGGCACUUGAUGAACCCCGAUGAUCCGCACAACGACCAGGUUGUUCGCAUCACGGCUGCCCGCGAGUUUAAGGGAAUCGUGGACGACUUUGGGUUCCAGGGCGAGCAGUUCUUGCCAUUUGCGCCCGACGUCUUCAACCAGCUUAUGGCGCUCCUCCAAGAGGUGGCGAGCGAUGAGACCAAGCUGACGGUUUUGGACACGAUCAGGGCGAUUGUCCAACGAAUGGAGACGCAUAUCUCUCAAUUUGGUGACGCCAUCAUGCUGACUCUACCUAAGUUGUGGGAAUCGGCUGAAAAGGAGGAGUACAUGAUCAAGCAGUCUAUUCUCGCCAUCAUGGCUGCGCUUGUUGACUCGAUGCGCGGAGACUCUCAACGCUACCAACCGGCGAUUAUCCCCCUGCUGCGUGAGGCGAUGGAGCCCGAGUCCGCUCUUCACCUCCACCUAAUCGAAGAAUCGGUAGCUCUGUGGAAGUCCGUCACCACACAAAGUUAUCCUCCCCUCCAUCCCGAUCUCGUACGAAUGGUUGAGCUAGCUCUGCCCCUCCUCGAAUACGAUUCAGAAGUAGCCAACCAGUGCCUCGAGGUUGUAAAGAACUACAUCCUCCUCGCACCUAGAGAGAUCCUCGACGACCGUCUCCGUCGCCCGACCCUUGCAGCCCUCGUCAAGACCCUCGACGCCCGUUCCCGCGAACAAUCUCAGACCGGUGCAAGGUCCAUUGAGCUGGUCCUUCAGAUCGCCGAGGACAUCGGCGGCGUUCAGGGGCUACAAGUGGUCGUGCAAGACAUGCUCGAGAUUGGCCUGCUCAACACCAUCUUCGAGGGUCUGCACAGCGCCUGGGAGGCCAGCACCACGCACGGCCCCAAUAAGAAAGUCAGCCAGAUCAACACCAUCAAGCAGACGGACUAUUUCAUGCUUUUGGCGCGCAUCGCGCUCGGCGACCCCACGGUCUUCCUGACCAUGCUAGCCGGCAUCGCCUCGACUGCCGGCUCCACCGUCGAGCAGGUGUGGGAGUGGCUCGGCACGCUGUGGUUCAAUAAUUUCGACUGCAUGGCUGAAGUCGAGCGACAAAAACUUUCCCUUCUAGCACUUACCCGUCUCUGGGAACUUCCCGAUCCCAUGGUCCAGGAGAAGAUCGUGCUUGCCAGACUGCAAGAUUUCCUAGCCAUGUGGACAAGCGUGAUAACCGAGCUUGCAGCGAGCGAUGACGAUCAGUCUUUAGUAACAGAGCAGCAGGGGCAAGAUUUCCGACAAUCGAUAAACUCUGCUUCUGGCGGCAGGGACACAUCACAACCAUCAGGGACGACUAAUGCGAAGGAUUACCUCGUCUGGGACCCCAACAGCUUACCCAGUUACGAGUGGGAUACACCGCUGGAUGUGACGGAGAGGCAGUUUGCGUUGAAGGAUCCGGUGCAUAGAGUCGAGGCGUACGAGUUUGCUAGGGAGAGGUUAGCGGGGGUUGGUGCAGAGGAUGGGUGGAGAGCAAAGAUUUGA